AUGUAUUAUCCUCAGCCUGCCGUCUCCGUGGCGGCGGCGGCGGCGGCGGCGGUUGCCCUCCGCCCCUCGCUCCUCGCCCUCCGCAGCCACUCCCACUCCCAUUCCCCAAGGGCGUCAUCCCUUCUCCACUGCCGCCGCUCCUCCACGCCGCCUCCAUGGCUUAGGACUAGGAGGAGGACGCCCAUCGCCGCCGUCUCCGACGACUUCUUCACCGUCGACUUGGACGCUGAUGAAUUGGAAUCGGAACCGGAAUCGGAUUCCGGCGACGACGGGCUCGUCUCACCAUGGGAGGGCGCGCUCGUCUACCGCCGCGACGCCGCUGUCCACCACCUCGAGUACGCCACCACGCUGGAGCGCCUCGGCCUCGGGGACCUCUCCUCCCCCGACUCCCGCGCGCGCGCCGCCAACCUGGGGCUGGGGCUGGCUGGAGGGGGACAGGACAGCACUGCCGCUCAGUCUCAGACCCCCGUCCUCGUCUCCCUCGACGUCACCAGGCGCCGCGGCCGCCUGCGCCUGGACGGCAUCGUGCGCACCGUCAUCACCCUCGGCUGCUUCAGGUGUGCUGAGCCAGCUCCUGAAGGCAUAUUUGCGAAUUUUUCCCUGUUGUUGACAGAAGACCCAGUAGAGGAACCAGACGUAGUUGACCUCGGCACGAUUUUUGAAGAGGACAUCGCUAAGGGUGCUUCGCUAGCUGGCGCCAUGGAUGACGAAGACGAUGACCAAGAUAUCGACUGGGAUGACCGGCUGCACUUCCCAGCCGCUGACAAGGAAAUCGAUAUAUCCAAGCACAUCCGGGACAUCAUUCACCUGGAGAUCACGUUGGAUGCAGUCUGCAGCCCCAAUUGCAAGGGCCUAUGCCUUACCUGCGGCGCAAGCCUUAACACCAGCAGCUGCACAUGCAGCAAAGACAAGCCGAAGGAGCCCAAGGACGUCAAGGGACGAGGGCCUCUCAAAGAGUUGUUGAAACCCAUGCAAAAAAGAUGA